AUGGUUACGCGACAUUUCAACAAAAGCCGCCUUGUGGCUGUGACUCGUUUCGAAGGUUCAAUUUUUGUAAUGGACCAGAAAGAAAGUAUCAGUAUUUGGCUCUGGCGACAACAAAAAAUGUGGACUGAAAAUUACGCGGCGUACAUAGAGAGGGAGAAAUCGAUGCCGCUCAGCCUCAAGCAAAGCCCGAAGAAAAGUGCUCGAACGGACCGAACGGACGAAACGCAAUCAAAAUCGCCCAACUCCGUCUAUUCCCGCCUUGUUCAGGUUUUCGCAAUGGUUACGCGACAUUUCAACAAAAGUCGCCUUGUGGCUGUGACUCGUUUCGAAGGUUCAAUUUUUGUAAUGGACCAGAAAGAAAGUAUCAGUAUUUGGCACACUGAACUCAAUCCU